AGAGAAAGGCAGGUCGAAAAUACUCGAAAUUUGGAGGCACCCAGGAUUACAACCUCAAACCCACCGCUUCCUACAAGGCUACAGCUACUCUCUUCAUCACCCACCAUCCAUAGCCACCGCUUACAGCCAUCAUCUUAAACCCCACCACCCUCACCGCAGCGGCCACCAUUUCCAACCUCAACACCCACCAGCACCUUCAGCCACAACUCCAUCUCCACCUACUCACCAUCCAGUACUCACAGCCUCACCACCUCACCCAUACACGACCUAUCACCGAUACCCACGGCCAUUUCAAACAGCAUGGAGACUGCAGCUGAGGUUCCCGUCAAACCCAUCAUUUUCUUUUCCAGUCUCUGAGCUUCUUUGGAAGUUUCCUGCCCACCACAGCAGUUUCUUCUCUUCUGGGUAUUCAUUUAAAAGCAAGACACAUCCCCACGAUCCAUAAUCACAGCCACCACUCUCAUCCACACCAGCAUGGCCUCCCUCAGGUAUGCAGUUAUUACAGGAGCAAAUAAAGGAAUUGGGUUGGAAAUAUGUAGACAGUUGGCUGCUAAUGGGGUGAUAGUGGUGUUAACAGCAAGAGAUGAGAAGAAAGGUGUUGAAGCUCUUGAAAGUCUCAAAGGAUCUGGUCUCUCUAAUGUGGUUUUUCAUCAGCUUGAUGUUGGGGACCCUGCCAGCAUUGCCUCCCUUGCAGAUUUCAUCAAAACCCAGUUUGGGAAGCUUGAUAUUUUGGUGAACAAUGCAGGGAUAAUUGGAACGCUUGUAACAGAUCCUGAUGGCUUCAGAUUAGGAAUCCCUGCUGCUCGGGCAAAAGUAGGAAAAAUCAAUUGGAAAGAAAUAAUGAUUGAGCCUUUCGAGCUGGCAGAAGAAUGCAUGAAAAUAAACUAUUAUGGGCCGAAGAGGAUGAGUGAAGUGCUUAUUCCUCUUCUCCGGUUAUCAGAUUCGCCAAGGAUUGUUAACGUCUCCUCCUCAAUGGGGAGGUUGCAGAAUAUAAAAAAUGAAUGGGCUAAAGGAGUGUUAAGUGAUGCUGAAAACCUCACAGAAGAGAGAGUGGAUGAGGUGUUGAAUGUGUUUCUAAAGGAUUUCAAGGAGGGAUCAUUAGAAGCUAAAAGCUGGCCUACUUUUCUCUCUGCCAACACAGUCUCGAAAUCAGCCUUGAAUGCCUACACAAGGAUUAUGGCCAAGAAAUACUCGACUUUCUGCAUCAACUGUGUCUGCCCUGGCUUUGUCAAAACAGAUAUAAACUACAAUAGCGGCAUCUUAACUGUUGAAGAAGGAGCUGAAAGCCCUGUGAGAUUGGCUCUGCUGCCUGAUGGCGGGCCUUCUGGUCAAUUCUUUCUAGAAAAGGAAGUGUCUGAAUUUUGACUAAAAAUGAUUCAUUACUGGAUGUGAAAGAAGAACAUCAUAGCAUAGAGACUCUGUUGAUUGCUUCUCAUAUGGCUUGCAUGAAUCUCGGGCUAAUUAGACUACCCACGAAGGCUUAGUUUUAUGUUUGGGUAAUAUGGAUAACUUCGACAUUUUUUAAAAUUUUAGUUUAAUUAAAAAAUGGUGUUUGACCUUGAAAUGCUGGUUUUUGCAUUUAAGAAACUCUCCCAGGCAAGUUAUAAUCGUCUGUGAUCUUACGUAGGUUGUAUCAUACUUUUAAGGUUUUUGCACUUCA